UAUUGCACAUUCUCUUCAAUCCAUAUAAUUUUUAUACGAAUUAUAAUUAGUAGAUUAUAAAAUUAUAUAGUAAAUUUAAUCAUUUUCAAAUCAAAUUUUUCACACUUAAUGACAGCAGCAGUGAUGGGCAAAAUAUUGUCAUUUAAAAAUGUAUGCAUAGUUCACAUGGCAUUAAACUUCACUCACCCACUUUCACAUGGAUUGCAAUUUUAAUUUAUCUUUGAAGUGAUUUUACUUUGAUUUCACAAAGUUGGUUCGACUGUAUAACUAUUUUAUAUAGACUUACCGAAACUGCCUGCUUGGUCAUGUAUGUGUGAUUUUGCACAAUUAUAUUGAUUAUAAUGCCUUCUUCGUACUGCUGCCAUCACAACAACUAUCACUACCAUUCAGCUGCGAAAAUGAGUGUAUUUGGCAAAAGCAGCGAACAGAUUUUAGAUAGUGAUAUAGCAGAACUAAGUCAAUUUGAAGAUGACAAUGAAAAGGAGAUUGAUGAGGAAGCUGAUAAAGAUGAAGAUGACGAUAAUGACGAUGAUGAUGAGGAUACGGAUGAUAAUGGGGAGAGGCGUGAUCUUCCUUAUCCUGGAUUUGCCCCAAUAGCUCUUCGGUACCUAAACCAAAAUACAAGACCGCGCAUCUGGUGUCUUGCUUUGAUUACAAACCCAUGGUUUGAGAGAGUGAGCAUAAUGAUAAUUCUAUUGAACUGCCUUACCCUUGGAAUGUAUCAACCAUGUGUUGAUGAUCAGUGCAUGACGAAUCGAUGCAAGAUAUUGCAGAUGUUUGACGAUAUAAUCUUCGCCUUUUUCUCCCUGGAAAUGACAAUAAAGAUGAUAGCAAUGGGUUUAUAUGGUAAAAGGACUUACUUGGCUGACUCUUGGAACAGAUUAGAUUUUUUUAUCGUAGCUGCUGGGGUCCUAGAAUACUGUCUGAAUGUGGAGAAUAUGAAUUUAUCUGCAAUUCGAACCAUUAGAGUUUUACGACCACUUCGGGCUAUCAACAGAAUACCAAGUAUGCGGAUUCUAGUAAUGCUGCUGUUGGAUACGCUCCCAAUGUUGGGUAAUGUUCUAUUACUCUGUUUCUUUGUCUUCUUUAUUUUUGGCAUCGUUGGUGUACAACUUUGGGAAGGAAUAUUGCGUCAGCGAUGCUUUCUUAAGCCCCUGCCUACUGUCAAGUACCCAGAUUGGUUAGAAAAAUACUAUGAGAACCAAGGUCAGGAUUACAUUUGCUCCAGACCAGAGGAUAGUGGAAUGCAUAGCUGCAGUCAUUUACCACCACUGAAGUUUGGAGAUACUAUAUGCAAUCACACAUCUGUAACAAAUAACAAUAUGACGUUCAUAAAUAGCAGUAAAUGUGUAAACUGGAACUAUUAUUAUACGGAGUGCAAAGGACAAGGAAACAAUCCUUUUCAAGGCACAAUAUCUUUCGAUAAUAUUGGCCUCGCAUGGGUAGCUAUUUUUCUUGUGAUAAGUUUGGAAGGAUGGACAGAUAUAAUGUAUUAUGUGCAAGAUGCGCACUCCUUUUGGGAUUGGAUAUACUUCGUACUUCUAAUAGUCAUUGGAUCAUUCUUUAUGAUCAACCUCUGCCUUGUUGUUAUAGCAACACAGUUUUCUGAAACCAAAAAACGGGAAAUGGAAAGAAUGAGAUUAGAACGAGCACGCUUCCACUCCACAAGCACCCUGGCAUCUUCCACAAAUACGUCGGAGCCAACUACCUGUUAUGCUGAAAUAGUGAAGUACAUUGCACAUCUUUGGAGAAGAGGUAAAAGAAGACUGAUAAAGAGAUAUCGACUAUACUUAUAUAGCAAGCAACAUAAACGAGAUGAAAUUUUAUUAAAGGAGAAACAGAAACAAUUUCAAGCAGAACGUAAUAAUAUUAAUAAAUUCAGUGCUGGCAGUAUUGUUUAUGGUGCUACGAGAAAAUUUAUGACAAUUCUGGGAAGUAGCGAAAGAAAUGGAAAGCGAUUCAUGGCACCCCGCGCAAGUCCAGAAGUUUCUGAAAUAGAUCUUCCUGGAAUGAAGUGCUCGAGGACUAGGAUAAAUCAACUGCAUUCCUUUUCAAAUUGCAGCGAAACCAUCAACAACUCAUGUCAGAUGAACAAUAGUCUUCUAAGUCCUCCUAAUGUACAUUAUCGGAGGAAAAGCAGUGUAAUGUUCAGCGACGUGAUUUUGCUGCAUGGCGGCAGUGUGAAUACAUUACCUGGGUCGAUUGCUGUUACUGAUCCCAAUAUUUUCUGCAGUGAAAAAAUGACUCAGACAGGUGACGGACAUGUGUGCCUGAUUCCUCUCUCAAAAAAUUUACAGACGGAAAUAAAGCGAAGGGAACCUAUGUCAUGUCAAGAGUUACUUGCUUUAAGUGGAGCGUUCAGCGCAGCCUUGCCAACUGGACAACUAGCACUGGAUUCUUUUUUUAAUACAUUCAAGAGGGGUAUAACGAAGCAACAUAUCAUGAACGAAGCACGAUCGUUUAAGGAUAUAAACAAUUGCUCAUGCUGUAAUUAUUUUAACAAUGAAAAAAAAUGGCCAGACCAACGUUUAAAAUGGCGUAAGCUACCAUCUGGGCGAAUCUUAAAAGUUAUUGGGAAUGGAUUCGUGAGCAUAUUUCAUUAUUCACGCCAGUGGAUAAGGAGAUUUGUAGAUCACAGAAUAUUUCAACAAGGAAUUCUUCUAGCAAUUCUCGUUAACACCCUAAGCAUGGGUAUUGAAUAUCAUAAUCAGCCUGAGGAGUUAACCGUACUGGUUGAAAUAAGCAACAUUGCAUUUUCAGCAGUGUUUGCUGCAGAAAUGUUACUUAAGAUUAUAGCUGAUGGACCCUUUGGAUACAUAAGUAAUGGCUUUAAUGUGUUCGAUGGGAUUGUUGUUGUUUUGAGUGUUAUAGAGUUGUGUCAAGCCUUCGUUGAAGAACGUGGUGGCAGUUCUGGUCUGAGUGUGCUGCGUACCUUCAGACUGCUAAGGAUACUGAAACUCGUUCGUUUUAUGCCAAACUUACGUCGUCAACUUUUUGUAAUGCUGCGAACAAUGGAUAAUGUAGCAGUAUUCUUUUCACUGUUGGUACUCUUUAUAUUCAUAUUUAGCAUCUUAGGUAUGUACCUCUUCGGUGGUAAGUUUUGUGUGUGGGCAGAUCGUAGUCGACCAUGCACUUGCACAGAAGUAGUUACACGUCAUCCAAUGUGUCGCUGUGAUCGUAAACAUUUUAACGAUAUAGUGUGGGCUCUUGUGACAGUUUUUCAGAUACUUACUCAAGAAGAUUGGAAUGUUGUUCUCUUUAACGGUAUGCAGAAGACAUCACAUUGGGCUGCACUUUACUUCGUUGCCUUAAUGACUUUCGGUAAUUACGUCCUGUUCAAUCUGCUUGUUGCCAUUCUAGUAGAAGGAUUUUCAUCCGAGAGAAAUGAAAGACGCGAAAGAGAACAACGCGAGUUAGCAAGACUAGCCGCGAAAGAAGCUGGAUUUGGUAGUGAUGAAAGGUUGUCCAGAAUUUCAGGUUCAUACUCGGCUACAGAGAGUGAUACUUACACUCAGAGCCAGUGCGCCAUGCAUCCAAAAUCAGUUCAAAGCAAUAAAUGUACUUCAGGUCAUCUCACCCUUAACCAACUAUCGCAUCCAUCUAAAAUUGUGACUCCAGUUGCCGACACCCCGAAAAAAGAUCCGGAAGCAGCUAAAAUGUAUAUAGCGUCUCCUGGAUAUGAAGAAGGACGUACAAAAGUGUCUGUUAAGAACCAUAACAAAAUAUAUGAUUCAAAAAACAGAUCGGCAAAACAUCUGACCAAUAAUUGGAAUAGGAACCCUAGUAACAGUUCAACAAGACGCUGUCCCUUAACAGUGCGGAGUUUAGCUGUAAAAAAACAGUUGAGAUUGAAGAUCUCGCACAAGGAAGAGGAAAGAGUAGCCAAUAAUAAUAUGUGA